UACAAUAUAGUAGGGCUGAUGGCGAGGGCAACAGAAGUGAAAAAUAUUAUAUAAAACUUAGCAGUUAGUUUUUUUGUCUUAUAUUAUACAUAUUUCAGAUUCCAAAAAUCUCGCAUACUAUCAUAUCAGAACAAAAGAUGCAGAAUGUAGCUCAAAGUAAUAUAUGCAAUGAGAUUAAAGACGAAAUCAAGGAAGUUGGGAAAAUUCAUUCAGACUCGUCGUCACCAUUGAGUGGAAACUUGAGCAGCGAAAGGGGGCAAUUUUCUUCUCUGAACUCAAAUUUCAUGGCAGACUUGUCUGAUAGUGAAGACGACGAAGUUUCAGAGGUUGAAUCAUUCAUCUUAGAUCAAGCAGACUUGGAUGAAGAACCAGUACUGGAUAAUACAUCAAAAUUCUUGUUACCUGGAGAAGGUGCAGAAACCCUAGAGCUGCAUAGUAUAGAUCCAGAAACCAGGGCAGAGUUAGAAGCUUUUUUUAAAGUACCUGGCGCAUUUGCCAUUGAUAAGCAGUGUUCCAAUUCAGAAGGCUUACGGGCUGUAAGAAACCUGACUUCAGUAACUUCUGCUUUGGAUGAGGCAGCAGCUGUACUUACUGGGAGGAAGGUGGACACAACUGGGAUGUUUCCAUGUGAUGGAGGAAGAUCACUGGCAGAAGCUUGUAGUGAGGGAGACUUGAAAGCUGUUCAGCAAUUGUUGUGUGAAGGUUGUAAUAUUAAUGAAGUUACUGACAAAGGCGAGAGUUUGUUAUCAUUAGCUUGCCUAUCUGGGUACUAUGAACUUGUUCAACUGCUUCUCAUGCAGACCAGCGUUGAAGACCGUGGUUUAAAAGAUACCACACCUCUAAUGGAAGCAGCAAGUGCAGGUCAUGUGGAUAUUGUUAAAUUACUUAUUGACCAUUCAGCUGAUGUCAAUGCUCAGACAAACCAAGGAAACACCCCUCUGAUGUACGCAUGUGCAGGAGGUCAUGAGGAGGUGGUAAAGGUACUUCUAGAAUCUGGGGCCAACGUUGAGGAUCACAAUGAAAAUGGCCAUACACCACUUAUGGAAGCAGCUAGUGCGGGGCAUGUUGGUGUAGCAAAGAUUCUGGUUGAACAUGGGGCUAGUAUUAACACUCACUCCAACGAAUUCAAAGAAAGUGCCCUCACUUUAGCUUGCUAUAAAGGUCAUCUAGAAAUGGUUCGGUUCCUUUUAGAGGCUGGUGCUGACCAAGAACACAAAACUGAUGAAAUGCACACAGCUCUAAUGGAAGCCUCUAUGGAUGGCCAUGUUGAAGUGGCUAAGCUUCUGUUGGAUUCUGGGGCUCAGGUGAAUAUGCCUGCUGACAGCUUUGAAUCACCGUUAACUUUAGCAGCUUGUGGUGGACAUGUAGAAUUGGCUACUUUGCUUUUAGAAAGAGGUGCAAACAUUGAGGAAGUCAAUGAUGAAGGGUAUACACCAUUAAUGGAAGCUUCCAGAGAAGGUCAUGAAGAAAUGGUUGCUCUACUCCUAAGCCAAGGUGCAGACAUUAAUGCUCAGACAGAAGAAACCCAGGAAACUGCUCUUACUCUAGCAUGUUGUGGAGGUUUUCUGGAAGUUGCAGAAUUCCUUGUCAAAGCUGGUGCUGACAAUGAAUUGGGAGCAAGUACUCCCUUGAUGGAAGCUGCACAGGAAGGACAUUUAGAACUUGUUAGAUAUCUCAUUAAUUCAGGUGCCAAUGUGAAUGCUCAAACUACAACUGGAGAUACUGCUUUGACCUAUGCAUGUGAAAAUGGACAUACAGAUGUAGCAGACUUACUUCUCCAAGCUGGAGCAGAACUGGAGCAUGAAUCUGAGGGAGGAAGAACACCUUUGAUGAAAGCAGCUCGUGCAGGACGAUUGUGUACCGUCCGAUUUCUCAUUAGCAAAAAGGCAUGUGUCAACAAGCAGACAACAAAUAAUGACCAUACCCCUCUUUCUUUAGCAUGUGCAGGUGGAAACCUGGAGGUUGUUGAACUUUUACUGAGUCAUGGUGCUGAUCCAACUCAUAAGUUGAAGGACAACUCUACUAUGUUAAUUGAGGCUGCUAAAGGAGGCCAUACAACAGUUGUUCAGCUGUUGUUAGAUUAUCCGGGCAAUCUUCUUUCUUCAUCGCUUCCACCUUCUGACGUAAAUCAGUUAACAGCAUCUGGCUCAGAUCUUACUGAGGCCCCUCGGGUGCCACCUCAUGGGCUUCAAGUAAUUACACCACAAGAGAUGGACCAGGCUGUACCUGCUGGUCACACGUAUCUUACUAACGUCCAAACUGUUCCUCAUAUCCAUGAGCCUGUACAAGUGAAAGAUGCCUUACAGUGUAAUACUGCGCAAGUUAAUGCUAAACAAAAUAUGCAAAAGUUAGUACAGAAGAAGCUAGCGAUGUCACGAGGUCUAGAGGCCCCCUCUUCCUUGCCUGGAGAAAUGCAGUCUUUAAAAUGGCCACUUCCCCAGACCAAACCUUGUGCUGCUGCUCAGACCACCUCUGUUAGCAUUCAGGCAGAUGUUACUGCGCAGGAAUCCAUACAAGAGUGUAGUGAGAUGAGAACUAGUGGAGCAGGCAGUGAAAUCAAGGAGGACAAGGACCUAAAGCCCUGUGAGAAACUUGAGGCUUGCAUUAACACCAUGAUGAAGAAAGCUGAAAGACUGAAUCCUAGCCGAGAGGAACAAAUAAUUCAAAAACAACAAAUUCUUGAAGAGUUACAACGAGUUGAGAGAGAGCUUCAGGAAAAGGCCCAAACACAGUUAUACUUAAGCGCUCAACAACAACAGCAACACCAUAUACAAGCUUUAGCUGCUGCUUCCCAAACAGUCUCAGCAGUUCCUAUCUCUGGUGCCCUUCCACCCAGCUCUAACUAUGGUCAGCAAGUGCUUCUAGCCAACACCACACUUCUUGACAUGGGGCCACUUUCCACAUCUGUAAUACCUGAUUUUUCUGGAAGCCUUCUUAGCUUAAAAUCUGCUGCACACCAUAUUACUGCACCAGCUACUUUUCAAACUCUUCAGACACAACAAUUGUACCAACAACCAAAUGUUCAAAACCAGUUUGUUAAUCUGGCAACGUCUGUUUCUGAGCAUGUUAAAGCUAGAGUUAACAAACAAGCUUCUAAACAAGCUAAAAACAAUGUACUUAAACAGCAGCAGUCUCCCAUCUUACAAAAUAAAUCACAGCCACUUCAUUUUUCUGGUGAAGCUUUUGAUCAUUCUGAAGAAAUAGAAAAGAUGAAUAUGAGAAAUGUAGCAAUAUCUGACCCUCAGUAUUUGUUACAGCAGGGCCCCCAGCAACAAUGUAUGUUUCCAGAUUUUUCUCAAAACUUGAAUGUGAGAGGAAGCACUCAUCUUUCUGAAAGCUCUUCUGAUAUUUUGUUGCAACCUGCUGGUAGCAUUAGAUUUACCAUGGACCCAACCCAGACUCAUUCAGUUCCAAUCAUAGAUCCUGUAGCUGUCAGUCAAGCAUUAGCACUUCAGCAGCAGCAGUUACAACAACAACAGCUUCAAAAUCAGCAGCAACAGAAAAGUGUACAACAAGAAAAUAAAAGACAACAGUAUGGGGAGAAACAAAAUAAAGCAAUGAAAAGUAAGAACUCUAAAUCACAACAAACCCAGCAAGUAACUCAGCUUGUAAGUCACCAACAGUUUGUUUUACAACAACCACAAAUCCAAGCUAAUACCAGAUCAGCCUUAUCUACUUCAGAAUCUCCCCUUUCUUUAGUGAGUAACCUUUCAAUGGAUACAGCCAGUAUUCCUGCAUUAGGAGGGUUGGUCCCUCCUUCAUUCCCAGUUUCCUUAGCUUUACCUGCAACAUACACCUCUUCAGCUGGCGGCAGUAGUUCCCGAUGUGGGGCAGUAUUUACACCAAGUUUUUCUAUUGAAGAUGGUUUGAUGGUGACCAGUCCUGCAAGAUCUCUUCAUGACACCUUAGGUGAUAUUUUAUCCAGUUCUACUACUCAUCUAGCUGGGAGUCCUCAGGAAGUAUUAGGCUGCCAAGCUUCUGUACAAGCCCAUUGUGUAAAUCCUUCUGUUGCUACUACUGGUGCUGCUUUAGGUGUUAAUAUGGGAAUGGGAUUAACCAUGACCUCAUUUCCAGCAGUUAGGUAUCCAACAACCACUUUACCUUUAGCCUUCCACGAAUUAGCCCCAGAAGUGACAUCAGCCAUUCCUAAUCUUGGUUUGGGUGUUGUGUCCACCACUGGUAUGGUUCCUACAUACCAUCACCACUCACAACUGAGUCAGUCUGUGGCAGGAACUACAACUGCUUGUGCUCAAGUACAGCCCUCCAUGCUCCCUCCUCUUGACCUUGAUUCUCAGACAGAUAGCAAUCAUGAUACUGCUCUAACCUUGGCAUGUGCUGGUGGUCAUGAAGAACUUUCAACUCUUUUGCUUCAGAGGGGAGCCAAUAUGGAACACAAAGACAAAAAAGGCUUCACUUCACUUAUGUUAGCAGCUACAGCAGGGCAUGGAGCAGUGGUAGAGAUUCUCAUCAAUCAUGGCACUGACAUAGAAGCUCAGUCAGAGCGAACCAAAGACACUGCCCUGUCCUUAGCUUGUUCUGGAGGUCGUUUUGAGGUAGUAGAAAUUUUACUGGCAAGAGGAGCUAACAAAGAACAUAGGAAUGUAUCAGAUUAUACUCCUCUUAGCCUUGCUGCCUCAGGUGGAUAUGUAAACAUUAUCAAACUCUUGUUAAAUCAAGGUGCUGAGAUUAACUCCAGGUAUAGAUUAACAUCUCGUAAUCGCAACAAGUAUGAUGCUGAACAGACUGGACUUACUCCUUUGAUGGAAGCUGCUUCUGGUGGUUAUGUGGAAGUUGGUCGCGUUCUCUUAGACAAAGGGGCUGAUGUUAAUGCACCACCUGUUCCAUCAUCUAGGGACACUGCUCUAACAAUUGCUGCAGACAAGGGUCAUUUUCGUUUUGUUGAGGUUCUAUUAUCAAGAGGAGCUGCUGUUGAUGUAAAAAACAAGAAAGGCAAUUCUCCUCUGUGGCUAGCAGCAAAUGGUGGACAUCUAGAUGUAGUCCAGCUUUUAGUUAAUGCUGGUGCUGACAUUGACAGCCAGGACAAUAGAAAAGUGUCUUGUUUGAUGGCAGCAUUUAAAAAAGGACAUAUAAAACUUGUAAAAUGGAUGGUAAAACAUGUCUCCCAGUAUCCAUUAGACCAAGAAAUGACUAGAUAUAUUGCCACCUUAAGUGAUAAGGAGCUCCACAAGAAGUGUAACCAAGCUUUGGAAAACAUUAGAACAGCUAAAGAGAGGCAAGCUGCUGAAGCUAACAAAUAUGCUAGUAUUCUUUUAGAAGAGCUUGAUAAAGAACGUUCUAGAGAAGAAAGCCGAAAAGCUGCUGCAGCUCGUAGAAGGGAAAAGAAAAGAAAGAAAAAGAAAGAACGGCUGGAACAAUUCCGAGCUGCUAGUACAACUACACCUGAAUGGAAGAAACUUGAAGAAAACAUGAACCAGGUAAUGAGUAGUGAGCUAAAGCAUCUUAAACCUCAGAGUAGUCAGUCUGAUGGUGAAGAUGAUGAUUAUGAUGAUGACGAUGAUAGUGAAGAUGAAGAUGGAGAAGAAGUAAACAGAGUGAUUGUAGUUACAGCUGCUGAAGGUGAAGCCAUUGUUAGUCGAGAAACCUCAAGUAGUAGUCCUGUCAUAUCCAAACAAGAGGUUUCUAAGCAAAUACUGCCAAACAAUAACAAGUUAGAAUCUGCAGCAAAAGGUAAAAGUCAAGAGUCGAAUAUUACCAUAACUGGCAUAGAAGCUGAAGAAAGUCAAGAUUUCCAAAGGUCUAGUCCAGAAAAUAGUGGAACAGAUAAAAAAAAAGAAAGGCCAAAAAGACCAGAAAAGAAGAGAGAUCUUUGUGCUAAGGAGAGUAAACCACCAAGUGAUAGGGAUUGUAAAGAGAAGUCAGAUACAGAAAGAAUUGUUAAAAAACAGCCUGAAGUAAAUUCACACCAAUCAUUUAUAUCUAUUGCAUCCAGGAGCCAAAAGAAACGGAAUCAAAAAAAACAGUAUUCCUCCUGUAGUCUCAGGUGCUACAACAACUGCCACUAUUGUAUCUAGACCCAUACCAAAGCAAUUUUUUCUACUGUUGGAAGUUCCUUUAUAACCACAUCUGAAUCAAAAGCAUGUACAAGUAACAACAAAAAUCACCAGAAAGAAACUAAUAAAGAUGUACUUGUAAAUGGAAUGAAGAGCACCCCUGUAUCUGAUUUAGAUGAUUUUGGUGUUUUAUCUCGUAAUGCAGAAAGAAAUAAGGAGACACAGGAAAACAAGGUAUCCACUAUAUCUUCUCUUGAAAAGCUAAAGGUGGAACCCCAUUCAGAUGUGUCGCUGUCAGAGAGACCUCAUAGUCCUACAACAACAAUUUUUUCUGUAAGAGGAUUUUCUCCUCUUACUACACUAACUUCUCCCAAGAAAGGACAACGACGAGAGGAAGGCUGGAAAGAAGUGGUUCGUCGGUCCAAAAAAAUGUCAGUACCAUCCAGUGCUAUUAGCCGAGUUAUUGGCAAAGGAGGCUGCAAUAUCAAUACCAUCUGUGAAGUAUCUGGUGCACAUAUUGAAGUGGAAAAACAAAAGGGCCAGGGAGAUAGAACAUUAAUUAUCAGAGGUUCCCAGGAAGCUACCAGACAGGCAAAUCAGCUGAUUGCAUCCUUGAUCAAAGAAGCUAAUUGUGAACUUCCUGAAAUCAUAGCAAAUGCUGGCUUAUCCAGAUCUGCAAGCACUUCUGCUGUAUCCCUUGGGAGUGAAGGAAUGAAGGUAAUGACAGGAAUUACCACAGCAUUGUCCACACUUAGUAAGUUAGGGAUGUCACAUCAACUGGGAACUUUAAAGUCAUCUAGUAGUACUUCACUGAACAUCAGUCAAGCCUCGGCCAUCCCUCCUCCAAGUCUGCCAGUAUCUGUUGCUGCUCCAUUUUCUAAUCAGCCAAGACUUCCAGGAAGCCCUACCUUUAUAGUUCGCCCACCCAUAUCUGUAAGUGGUACUGUGAGAGCACCACCUUUUCCAACUAAUUAUCAAAAUGCCUGGGUUGGAGCUAACUCUUUAGGGAAGAAUCUUGCUGUCACAUCUUCACAUCUCAAUUCCUCAGGGGUUCCAUUAUCCAUACAACCAGACACUCUUCAAGCCAUAGUGAAUACUACCACAAGUAAAUGCCCUGCUGUCCGAUUGCUGUUUCCCAAAGAACGAAAUAUGAUAGGGAGCCAAAAUAGUACCACCAUCAAUACCAAAGCUACAGUUUCUUAUACAAUAGCUGAAAUCUCACAGAGAAAGUCUUCUAAGACUCUUCCAGUCUAUAACAACACUGUAUCUAUCAGGCCUACUUUGGCUGCAGCUGACACGAAAUUGACUCUUACUGCAUUGAGCCAGCUAGGAAAUUUGACAGCAACUGCUUCAAAUAGCAUUCAGAGUUCCACAGAGUUCUCACCAACUCAGUCCUUGAUUCAACCCUUUCCCGUGUCUGAAUCAUCAAGCCACAUAAGAACACAAAAUAAUAAGAUGGUUAUUCAAAUUACACAAACAUCAGUGGUUCAGCACCAGACAAAAAUUACCAGUGGUCAACCAGUAAUGCAACAGGCUCUUAUAACAAAUGGUGUAAGAGCAACUGAAGAAUUACCAGUCUCUCAGUACACACCUUUUCAUAAUCAUUUUAGCAAAGUGGUUGAACAUAGUGUAUGGGGACAAAAGGAGACCAAACCCAACUUUGCUAGUGUUGCUGCUGCAGGGAUUACUUCAGUAGCAAUGAACGCCCAAAACUCAAAUCCUGUCCAAACUUCCCUCUCUUUGUCUCUUCCGCAGACCACUGACUACAAGGUUGAUGCAGCUAAAGCUCCUGGUUAUCGUGGCAACCUUCAUGUUUCCCCCUGUGGAUUAAGUAAUUCAUUUAGUGUGGGUGGAAUCAGUCAACCAGUUUCUGUUAAUACCAACUACAGACUCAUAGGAAGUGGGCCUCGAAGUGCUCCUUGCACACCACCUUUGGGUCCUAUAGGAACUCCAUCUAGUUCAAUUCCUUUGAAGCAUGGUGGCAUUUCUGUCAUUGCCAGUCUUGGUGAGUCAAGAUCAUCUCCUGAUUCCCACCACUUUCCAGACAAUGAAAUGGUUAGCAGUAUGGAUGGAAGUUGUACAGUUUCAUCCUAUGCCUCUGUCUCUCGGGUACUAAGUGCUUCUCAAGUGACAGCAGAAGCCUUGUAUCAGUCUCAAGCCAUGCAAGGCCUUAAUAUGAAUCUACCUAUGAACAACCAUUUUGCAAGGAUUCAUGACUUUUCACCAGCCUCAGGAGUUCAUUUUCCUGGUCCAUCACUUGGUACUCGUACAGAUACCACUUUCAGCCAGCAUACACCCUUAUCAUCUGUAGGAUCUGUGGCUUCUGACAGCACUUCUGACUGUAGUACAACUAAUAGUACUAACUCUCAUGUUUUUCAAAGCAAUUUAAAUCCUAAUGCUCCAGACUUUUCUAGUCGUACCUCUUUACUGGUAGCCCAUCAAAACUCUCAUGGGCCAUCUGUUGCUUCUCGCAUGACCAAUGUACAUGCACCUUACCAUGAAAGUACCCAGACAACCCAAAACCCUGGUAAUAUGAUACAUGUGAUAGCUGGUGGGGCAAAUGUCAAUCACCAGCUACCAUUUCACAAUGGAUUCUUUGCUCCAAAUGGAAAACGCUACCCAUUUCCACUCUCCCAUGUGCAACAGAACCUAACAGAGUAUAAUCCUCAUCCUCCUCCUGGUCCAGUUGGGUCAAUCCCACCCAGUAUGGCUGGUCCAGGGUUCAAUGCAGAAGCAUUAAAACUCAUAACAACAAUGGGAGGAUUUCCAACACCACCACAUCCAGCCCAAGCAAUGCAACAUCCCAUGGGUGUUUUACCACAUCACUUUACUAACAUGGCUCAAGUUAUGGAACUAAGACAGAACCAGAUAUCUACUUAUACAACUCCAUCGAUUGGGACCUCUGCCAAAGAUGGAGGCUCACCAGUGGUUGCUGCUUCUCCCUCGGGUUCACCUCAAGGCAGCAAUCUUGGAUCUCCAGUUGGAGUGGGGAGUGAUCAUCCUGGAAUUGUAUGCGAAGAUAGAAAACUGCCAAGACCAAUAGGAACAGAACGAGCUCAGAAGAAAAAUCCAACAUUUGCAAGUUUGUCAGAAGUUCCAGAUAUAUGGUCCUAUGGUGCAAGUAAGAUAAAUGAUAUCAGCUCAGCAGGAGAUUGGAUCCAUCAAAUACCUUCAGGUAUAGCAGCAAUGCAAACACUCUCACAGGAGGAUCCCCAUCCACACAUACUGCACAAUAAUUACAUGAGUGGCAGGUAUGGGGAAAACCUAGUAUCAGUGACACAACAAAGCUCUUCAUUAGAGCAGUCUUACCAGUCUAUGAAUAUAGUCACCCCAGGAGGAGGAGGUUAUUCUCCAUAUUUGAAUGGUAUGCCAGUACCUCACGUCUUGACCACUCAUCUGUAUUCUCAUGCUAAUGGAAGUCUUGCAACAGGAAUGGAGGUUGGAGGAGAACUGUGGCAUGCUCCUUCCAAAGUGGUGUUACCUAACAUUGGAGACAACCUUUCCUGUGACCAUAAAAUGGUCAGUAUCUGGAUGGACAAUGUGUAUGCUUUCAACUAAAGUACAAAUAGGAUGGCUUAAUAAAUGUCUUGCCACCCAGUGAUUUAUGGGAAUGAAAGCUUGGCAUAAGUGGAACCAGCAUCUGGCAUGAGUGAUGUUUUUGUUGUUUUUUUUCCUGGAUUAGCAUCUUUACCACCUUGGGUUCCCUUUUUUUCCUGUAGAUUUUUCCUCUGUAUCCAGGUGGGGAACUCAAAAGACAUUGUUUAGACUAAUGAAGACAAAUGCUUUAGGUUUUUGUGGAAUUUAAUUUCCUGCUGUGAAACUUCUUUACAGUUGUUAUGAAGAUAUAUAUUAAAAGUUUAAAAGGAUUUAGGUGUGGUUAAAUAUAUUAUAUUGCUUGAAAUGUUGGUAAAUAAACUGUCAGAGAUAUUAUUUCAGGUUGGAUUGUACUUGAGAACUUGACCUACUAGUAAAAGUUUCCCACCAGUGAA